GCUGGGCAGGAGGAAAUAGAAACCAGCUGAGCUUUUACUUUCGUUUCCCCAGGAUUAAAUCUUGGACACGGGCAGAGCGAGCUGUGGGACAGUUCUCCAACAGAGUUUGGCUUUAGUCCCAGCCCAGGAGGAGGGGAGAUUGGUCAACCAAAGCCCAGCCUGUCACUCGCUGCAUUAUGGGAAAUGCAAAUAAUAAAGGGCCGAUCCCACCCCCCUCCUCGAAGUCAGCUCCAGAGGGGAUGGUGGAUCGACUCCAGGAGGACGUCACCUGCUCCAUCUGCCUGGACGUCUUGGAGGACCCCGUCUCCAUCGUGUGUGGCCACAACUUCUGCCGGGGCUGCCUCGCGGCUCACUGGAGUGGGGUCUCGGCUUGGGGGUACCAGUGCCCCGAGUGCCGGGCUCCCUGCUCCAGGAACCAGAUGACCCCAGACACACGUCUGAAAAGCCUGGUGGAGAAAAUCAGAGACCUGCCAGUGAAGGGGACGUUGACAGGAACAGGGACAGCGAGCCCUGAGCCGGGGCCGGGGUCUCGGCCAGAGGCGGGGCGCCCAGUGCAAUUGUUGUGUGUGGAUGAGAAAGGGGGCCUGACCUUGGACGAGGAGGCCCUGAGCCUCUGCCUGGAGCAGGGUGGGGUGGGGGACGCCCCCGUCUGCCUGGUGUCCAUCAUCGGGGAGCAGCGCCGGGGCAAAUCCUUCCUGCUGAACUACCUGCUGCGUCGUCUCCGGAGCCUGGAUGUGAAGGAUGGAUCCUGGAUGGGCCGGGAGGUGGAGCCCCUGGAGGGCUUCGAGUGGCGAGUUGGUGCCUGCAGUGUCACCAAGGGGGUGUGGGCGUGGAGUCAGCCCUUCUGGGUCCCCUCCGAGGAGGGGCAGGUGGCCGUGCUGCUGGUCGACACUGAGGGCUCCAUGGACAUCGCCAGAGACACGGAGACCAGCGUGAAACUCUCCGCCCUCUCCAUGCUGCUUGGCUCCUACCAGAUCCUGAAUGUUUCCAGCCAGCUAAAGGACCCCGAUCUAGAAUAUCUGGAGAUGUUUCUGCACGUGGCCGAAGAGGUGGGAAAGGAAUACGGGCUGGAGUCCAUUCAGCACCUAGACCUGCUGGUGCGGGAUUGGAGCAACUCCUUGGUCCUUGGAACGGACGGUGGGAAGGAGCAUCUGAGAGACGUCCGACAGAUGCUGGCCGUGAGGUCCCCUUGCAAACACCCCAAGGCCCUGGAAGCUCUGAACAGAAGCAAAACCCGCUGUUACCUGAUGCCCUUCCCUGGCAAGCGGAUCAUGACUGGAAGCGAGGGAUGCGUGAGAGACAUGGAUGAGGAUUUCCGGGAGAGCCUGAGGGACUACGUCACCGGCUUGGUGGCCUCAGCCGGUCACAACAUCUGGAGGGACCGGCACGGGGUGCUGGUGACCGGGUCACAGCUCGCUGCCAAGAUAAAGGAAUUCUCUGAUCUGAUGAAGAAACGUUGCUUCGGCUUCUCCUCUCCCACUCAGAUGGCCAUCACCUUCCACAACCAGAGAGUCCUGGACAGGGCCAGCGCAGACCACGCUGUGUUUUUGAGGGAGAAGGACGGCGACUCCCGGAACAUGGUCGCCUGCCUGAAGGUGCGGCCGAGCAAGAUGGCGGAGCUGUUCGCGGAGCGGCGCGGGCAGUUGCUCUGGCGGUGCCGGACGGACAUGCGGGAGCCGGCGCUGGAGAAAGAGGCCCAGCUGACGGAGCUGGAGGAGGAGCUGACAGGGGAGGCCGAGACCUUCCUGGAGAGCUACGGGAAGCGCUUCAAGAAAUUCGCCAUUUUGGCGGGCGUGGGCGCGGUGCUGGUCCUGGGACCGGUGGGGGGCGCUGCCGGUGCCGGGAUUGCCGCCGCUGUCAUCGCUGCGGAGGCGGCUGGGGUGCUCGCCCUGGCCGAGGUGGUGGCCAUUGGGGUUGGGGCGGGCGCCGUGGCCGGGGUUGUCGUGGGCGGGGGCGUGGGCGGGGGAGUUGGUGGGAACAUCGCCCAGAAGGAUAGGCAGAGGGCCAAGGCUCCUGGCGGCGGGAGGGAGGAGGAGGACGGCACUGAGGAUCUAUCCGACGAGAAACCCCUGAUCUGAUCGGUGCCCCCCCACAAUCUGGGGCUGACGAAUGGGGUGACAGGACAGCAGCGUGGCCUGACACGUCCCCCACAAGCCACCCCAGAGCAGGGAGCCGUUGCCCCCAGAUUCUAAGAAGGGACGUUUAGAUCCUCUCGUCUGAUCUGCUGUGCCACCCAGGCUGGAGAAUGCCGCCCACUUCCCCCUGCCUUGGGCCCAAUAUCUCCUUUGCACUAAAUCAUUUCCCAGAAAGGCGGCCAGUCCGGCUCGGAAUCCGGAAAAGACGGAGACCCCCACCGCUUUCCUGCUGGUGAAUCACCCGCGCUGUGAGAAAUCGGGUGCCUCGUUUCCAACUGGAGUUUCUCGCUUUAACUUGCAGCCCUCGGUUCUCGCUCUGCCUUCCUCCAACGUUGCAGGGCCACUCCGGCUGCAACACAAAGCACCUGGAAACGCCCUGCCGAUGGUCCUG